UCUUCUUCUUCUUCUUCUUCGGUUCAAGAAGUUGUUGUUAAUGGGGAGUGGUUAUUAUAGGGAGCCGAGUUUGGGGAACGAACGAGGGACUGGAUCGUCGUCAUCGUCGUCGUCGUCUUCGUCGAGACGAGGGAAGAAGGGUGGCUCUGAUAAGCAGCCAAGGCAGCCCCAGAGAGGACUUGGAGUUGCUCAGCUUGAGAAGAUCAGAUUGCAUGGCGAAAUUGCUUCUGCUGCUUUUCAUCCCACUUCUUAUACAUUCAAUAACGAACAUGAGCUAACGAACGUCCAUAGAUAUUCACCGGUGUCUAGUUCUUCCUCACCGUAUGUUAUGAUGGGGUUUGGAGAAUGUGAAGGAAGGAGGGUGAGAGAUGGUGAUUCUCAGCAUAGCACAGGAGCAAGAUGGGAUCCAAGUAAUGGUGGCAUCUUAGAAGCCCAACAUUUUGCACACCCAAACAUGACAUCUCAUCUUCAAGACCCACAAGCAGAGUGGGCAGCACAGAGCAGAAGGCAAGAAAUGGGUGAAAAUUGUGAAGCAUGUGACAGCCAAGAACUGGACUUGGAACUUAGACUCUCAAUAAUCUAAACCCCUUCAGAGCAUUUUCCCUAUUUCCUUUUAUAUCUCUCAUGAGAUUAUUGUUGUAUGUAUGUUUGUGCAUAGACUAAAGUUUUCAUACACACUAUAUUUCUAACAAGCAUCAAAAUAUUUGAGGUUA